GGAGAGGAAGUCCUCUGACUUUGGUUGUGCCGGGGGAGAUUGCUUUGCGGGCUAUUCAGCGGCCGUGCAGGAUGAGGGUGGAAGCGGCUGUGAGUUGCCUGCUGUUCUGGGCGGUGGGCCAGGUGAGAGGAGAGACCCCCUGUCCAUUCCCACCCACCCAGUGGUGUAGCAACCUCCAAAUCGCCAGAGACUGCCUGGUGCUACACCAGUGUGUGGAGUCCAAGCCGCUGAGGCGGGCCGCACCUGUCGAGAUCAGCCUCUACUACGAGAGUCUCUGCGGAGCAUGUCGUGGCUUCCUCGUGCUGCAGCUCUUCCCCACUUGGCUGAUGCUGAACGAUGUGAUGAACGUCACCCUGGUACCAUACGGAAACGCCAUGGAGAAAAAUGAGAGUGGGAAGUGGGUGUUCAGCUGCCAGCACGGCCAGGAGGAGUGCGAGGGAAACAUGAUCGAGGCCUGCUUGAUGCACACACUCCAGGACCCCUUCCGCUACUUCCCCAUCAUCUUCUGCAUGGAGUCGGCAGCGGACGUGAUACCAGCCGCGCAGCAGUGCCUGAAAGUCUACGAGCCCAACGUCACCUGGGGUGAGAUUGAGAAAUGUGUCCACGGUGACCUGGGGAGUCAGCUGAUGCACCGCAACGCAGAGCGGACGGCAGCGUUAGACCCACCGCACCAGUACGUGCCCUGGAUCCUGGUCAACGGGAAACAUAGUGACGAGUUAGAGAGCCAGGCUGUGCACUCUCUCUUUAACCUGGUGUGUAGCAUUUACAAGGGGGACAAGCCACAGGCUUGUCUAUUAUCCGAGGGUGGGAGAUCGAUCGCACGCUGCAAGGCUGUGUAGUGACCCCGCUCAGUCCAGGGGCACCGGCUCAUCUUCAGCUCCACCUGCGACUCUGGGAAUCUGCUUCGAUGAAAUGCGAGAGUAUUUGCGACUAACAUGCACUGCUGCAACUGCGGAGCCACCGUGAGCAGCAGUGAUCUGACCGAUGAUCUACUAACCCUUGCAAUUUUUAUAUCCCCGACUCCUUUGGUAAAAUCAGUAAACAGAUCACUAGCGUCUGUUUGAAAAUAACGGCGUUUUCUUUAAAAUUGUCGUUUGAGAUUCAAAACUAAUUAAUGUACAUGAGGAAUGUAAAAGCUUUCAUGCAAAUUUUUUUUAUCGAACAGGGAAUGAAUGCAGAGGACUUCCAUGCACUGAAUUUAAAAAAUAAAUGCACUUAUUUUAACAAAAGAA